CGGGAGUCCAGGCCUGGCAGGGCGGCCCCUGAUGAGCAGCGGCAGGGUGCAGCUCUCCUUUGCUCCUGCAGGAGGCAGUGCAGCGGGGUUACUGUCCAUGGUGCUGAAAAUUCGGCUGUCUCUGUCCGGGGUGCUGAACAGCUCAGGGCUGCUGGGCUCAGUCUGAGACGGCUGUCGCACUCAGACAGUCCCGUUCGUUGUGUUCUGCUGGGUUCUGCUUGUUGGAGUCACUGUAGUGCAGUACAGUGAACGUCUCUCUGCCAUUCGGAGAUGUCGAAGCGGAGGGGGAGGGUAGGGCAGUAGUCUGAGCGUAAGACUGACAUUUAUAGAAGAAGGGAAAGAUAUCCUCGCCUGUGAUUUAUUGGUCCUCGUCACAUGACAUGCAGUGCGCUUUGCUGAACUCAGUCUCAGGACGCAGCCAUCACGCCCUGAAAAAUAGGUGCUGGGGAAUGCAAAAUGACUUCAAAGGUCAGACACUGAGCCCAGGGGGGACCAGGGGACAGCCAAUCAAUUAGAGAGGAGGAGCCUCAGCAUCAAAAUGAGCCAAGACACUACAGAGACACGAACACGUACCCGCUCCAAAGGCACCCGGGUGUCAUCAGAACUUGUGGGACAAGAGAUGAAGCAGGAGUUAAGUAGCAGCUGUCCCACCCCUGGAUGUGAUGGCAAAGGCCAUGUCAGUGGAAGAUAUUCAAGACAUAGGAGCAUACUUGGAUGUCCGAUAGUGAAGAAAAGGAAGCUAGAGAAGGCUGAGGAAAACCAGUCUGCUCCCAAGAGGAGGAACCAGCCUGCCAAACAAGCAGCAGAUGAGAGCUUCACUGCAGACAGUGAUACAGCAGAAGAGGAAGAGACGCAGAAGGAGGAGGAGGAGGAAGAAGAAGACCUUAAAGAGAAGAAGAAAAACAAUACAAAAAACAGACAAGAGUCAACAAAAAUAGACUGCUCACUGGUGACAACGGAAGACACAAAACCAGUCAUUUGUCCUCCGGCAGAAGUUGGCGACAACGAAAGCUUUACCUCAGAGACUGAGAUCGAAAAUGAGAAAACUUGUGAGGACUUGAAGGCAGUAACAGUCAUUGAUGAUCAUCAGCAGGAGAAAACAGAGACAAAGGGGGAGGGGAGGGAGGGGGGGGAAGGUCAGCUGGUGACAAAGGACCAGUCAUCAGAGCAACCUGAAGAAGAACUUACUGAGCUUAAAGAGACUAAAGAAGAACAGGAUGAUGAAGCAGAAGACGAAAAGGAACAGAAAGAGCAGCAAGUAAGGCAAGAGUUUCCUCGAGAGGAGAAGGCCAUAGAAAGACAUGCGAUAAGCCAGGAAAACUCUGAUCACCAGUACUCCAGUGGAGAUUACAAACAUCAGGCCAAAGAAUUAACAGACAGGCAGAGUGAGAGGGAGGAACGGGAGGAGGAGGAGGAGGAGGAGGAGGAAGAGGAAGAGGAAGAGGAGAGGGAAGUCCACCAAGCGGUUGACACUCCUUACACUUUGAGUCCACACACUCAGGGAUCUGAGGCUGAGAUGUUACUCAGGGAAGAAAAGGUCAGCAUCCCUAUGACUGAGGAAGAGGAGGAUGAUGAAGAUGAGAGAGAGGAAGAGGAGAAUGAGAGGCAGGGGAAGGAAGUAUGCGAGGUGGUGGAGGAGGAAGAGGACCCAGACUCCAGCAAAGCCUCUCCAACUACAGUGGUUAUAGAAGUCCGCUCAGAGGAGGAGGAGGAGGAGGAGGAGGAAGAGGAAGAGGAAGAGGAGGAGGAGGAGGAGGAGGAGGAGGAGGAGGAGGAGGAAGAGGAGGAGGAAGAGGAGCAGGAUCAUGUCUCAGAGGGCUCAGGGAUCACAGAUGACUCAGAGAACUGGGAUAUGACUCGGGGGAACCUCGGGCUGCUGGAGCAGGCCAUCGCCCUGAAGGCAGGGGAGGUGAAGGGAGGACAGGAGGCCCGGAGCUCCCCAGACUACCAACCAUACAGCACGUCAAGCAAGAGCUCUGAGCCUGCUGCUAUGGCCCGCCGCACUUCUCACUACAGCAAAGAGAAGAAGGAGGUGAAGUGUCCAACCCCAGGGUGUGAUGGGACAGGUCAUGUGACUGGGUUGUACCCUCACCAUCGCAGUCUAUCUGGAUGUCCUCACAAAGACCGAAUCCCUCCAGAGAUCCUGGCCAUGCAUGAGAACGUCCUGAAGUGUCCGACUCCUGGUUGCACAGGCCAAGGCCAUGUCAACAGUAACCGCAACACACACCGCAGUCUGUCCGGCUGCCCCAUUGCAGCAGCAACUAAGCUGAAUAAGAGCCAGGACAAGCAGGUUCAUUUACAGGCUUCACCCAGCGAACCCUCUUCUAACUCUGACAGAGUCCUCAGGCCCAUGUGUUUUGUGAAACAACUGGAGAUCCCUCAGUAUGGCAGCUACCGGCCCAACACAGUGACCACCACACCUCGAGCCAACCUGGCCAAGGAGCUGGAGAAAUACUCCAAGGUGUCUUUUGACUAUGCAAGCUUUGAUGUCCAGGUGUUUGGAAAGCGUAUGCUUAUUCCAAAGACACCCAGCAGCGCUGAAACAUCACCCAAAGCCUUCAAAUCUAAAUCAUUCCCUAAGGCCUCCUCCCCCAGCCACAGCGUGUCAGGAGGCUUUUCUAAGAGCGCCUCCUCCUCCAGCAGUUAUGACUAUAGUCAAGAUGCAGAGGCAGCCCACAUGGCAGCAACAGCCAUCCUCAACCUGUCCACCCGCUGCUGGGAGAGACCAGAGACCAUCAGCACCAAGCCCAGGGAACCCUGCACCAAGGAGUCGGACAUUGAAGUGGAUGAGAACGGUACAUUGGACCUUAGCAUGAAGAAGACCAAGAGGGAGGGUGUGCAGCCUCCAGAGCCUUCAUCCUCCUCAUCUUCAUCCUCUCAACACAUUGGAGCCACCUUGUCUCAAGGCCACACUCAGUCAGAGUGGGAUGGACCACUGGACUUCACCAAACCAAGUGGAGUCAAAGAGGAAGACCAUGAAGAGGUUGAAUAUACAGCUCCCUCAUACACAUCAUCUGAUGGUGAGGAAGAGAACCAGGAAAACCUGGAGGAAAGGAAGUACCCCGGUGAGGUCACCACCAGCAGCUUCAAGGUCAAGUUUCAGCCCAAAGACAGCAAAAAAGAGGUUCUUGUAUGUCCCACUCCAGGCUGUGAUGGCAGUGGACACAUCACUGGCAACUACGCUUCACAUCGAAGUCUGUCAGGCUGUCCUCUUGCUGAUAAAUCACUUCGGACCCUCAUGGCUGCCCACACAGCUGAACUAAAGUGUCCCACUCCAGGUUGUGAUGGAUCAGGCCACAUCACAGGAAACUACGCUUCACAUAGAAGUCUGUCCGGAUGCCCUCGAGCCAAGAAAGGCGGGAUCAAAUCAACCCCUACCAAGGAUGACAAGGAAGACUCUGAGCUGUUGAGGUGUCCAGUUCCUGGCUGCGACAGUCUGGGCCACAUCAGUGGGAAAUACGCCACCCACCGCAGUGCCUAUGGCUGUCCGCUGGCAGCACGCCGGCAGAAGGAAGGUCUUCUCAAUGGCACUCCCUUCUCCUGGAAGGCCUUCAAGACUGAAGGUCCGACUUGCCCGACGCCAGGCUGCGACGGUUCUGGCCAUGCUAACGGCAGCUUCCUGACACACCGCAGUCUGUCAGGCUGCCCCAGAGCAUUGGCUAACAAGAAGAGAGCCAAAUUUCCUGGAGAUGAGUAUAUCACUGCAAAGUUUAGAGCCAGUGAUGUGCUGGACAACGAUGAGGACAUCAAGCAGCUCAACAAGGAGAUCAACGAGCUGAGCGAGUCCAACUCAGAGAUGGAGGCUGACAUGAUGAACCUGCACACACAGAUCUCUUCCAUGGAGAAGAACCUGAAGAGCAUGGAGGAGGAGAACAAACAUAUCGAGGAGAGGAACGAGGCCUUGUUCCUGGAGCUAUCCGGUCUGAGUCAGGCCCUGAUCCGCAGCCUGGCCAACAUCCGCUUGCCAGCCAUGGAGCCGCUGUCAGAGCAGAACUUUGACAGCUAUGUGGAAACCCUGACCCACAUGUUUACCAAUAAAGACUGCUACCAGAACCCUGAGAAUCGGGCUCUACUUGAGUCCAUCAACCAGGCAGUGAAGGGCAUUGAGGUGUGACGGAACUUGAGGAGGACAGGGGGCACGGCAUCACAGUGACUACACCACUCUUUCUUUCCAAACCCUUUAGAUACUGUAUGUAAUUCUUCCUCUCAUUUGGAACUGUCAUCUGUUCUCUGCAUUAGUUUGCUGUUUGCAUGUUGCUUUUUGAUGGUAUGAGCGUGAACUGAUAAGGGUGUGGACGUAAAGUGUGUGCUAACACACUGGAAUUAAACUGUUACUGUGAGCAAAGGCAUCUCCAGGUAUACACAGAGGCAGGCACAGAGUGCAGUAUACAGCCUGAGCUGAGCAGAUUCUCUUAGUUAGUGAACAUAUCCCAUCUCCACACAAUGAUGUUGAUAGUAUUCUAUAUGAGCGUAGUGAUGUUGCACCUCCAGGACUAGUUUGUAGAUUCAUUCUUACUAUUGCUGUAUAACUAUAAGUCCUUUGCAAAUGUUGGUUUAAUAAAUUAUUCAUUCAUGUCUUCUGUAUUAUUUUUUUUAUGUUGGCCUGUUUAUUAUUCAUUAUCUAUUUAUUAACUUUUUUUAAUUUCAAAAUGCUACCUGAGAAGAUUUUAAAGGGUAACCAAGAUAAGGGAAUAAUUUCCUCUGCAUUGUUGAACAAAGAGGAAAUAUUUUAAGAUAUCAACUAUGAAUUGUUUUAUAUAUCUUAUUAUUUAUUUAAAAUACUGGAAUCUUUUUAAGUGCAAAUAUUUUGUAACUGAAAGUUUUUUAAUAAUUUUCUAAAGAUUUUUUUGUUUUGUUGCUUCUGUUUAUAUGAUUUUCCUUUUUAUUUUCACAAACUAUUUUGAGUACAUUGCAAUACACUGGGAAUAUUGAACUGCACAUAUUUGGUAUUUACUUGGUGAUGAAGAACAAAGUGAUGGUGAAUAUUUAUUUUGGAUUGUCUAUGUGUUAACAAUGGCUGUGUAUGGAUUAGUCUUUGAGUUGCUCUUGAAAUAAAGGUUAACCCAUAGUAAAGGUGGACCAGACUGGUUGUAUUUUUGUAUUGACUCAAACUUCAUCAUUUUGCUGUAUUAUUUCGGGGUGUAGGACUCUAAGU